AUGGCUUUCCAAUCGUCUCGUGGAAAGCUGAAAACCGCUUUCAAAAAAGGCCGAGUAAUCGCUCCAUUAUACACCGGUGGCGCCGUCUCAGCCAGUCAUGACGGUCGCAUGCUAGUGACUUGUGUGGGGGAGGAGGCUAUUCUGACCGAUAUUGAACAAGGGAUACAAAUUGCACGGUUUACUGGCGACGGCGAAUCCAUCACUUCAUUAUGUAUAUCACCCUCCGACCUCACUCUCGUCAUUUUCACCUCUUCCAUGUCCCUCCGCAUAUACGACCUCCCCAAAACGACCUCCGAUCCCUCGAAAGCCAUCAACCCAAAACGUGUGGUCACUCGCGCACACGACGCACCAGUUCACGUCUGCACCUUUGACCCAACCUCCACCUACCUCGCCUCAGGAUCUGCAGACGGAAUCGUCAAAGUCUGGGAUGUUUCCCGAGGAUUCACGACCCAUGUCCUUCGGGGCCACGGUGGCGUCGUCUCUGCUCUGAAAUUUUCGUAUCCCAUCUCCGCAGGGUCCGUGGAGGAGAGAGAGAUGAAGCUGGUGACCGCCUCCGUGGAUACGAAGGUCAGGGUGUGGAACCUUAGUAAGACGGCAGCGGAGAUGAAGAAGGGGAAACAGGUGAAGCCAGAGCACGUUUUAGAGGGACAUGUGAGCGUGCCGAGGGGUGUGGACGUGAGUUCGGACGGGAGAUGGUUGGUUUCUGGUGGCAGAGAUGCUGUGGUCCUUGUUUGGGAUCUCGCUGCGGCCGUGAAGAAGGGGAGUAAGGGGAAGGAGAAAGCAUCAUCUGAGCCGGUGUUGGUCAAGACGGUCACUACCGUGGAGAGGGUCGAGGCAUGCGGGCUUUUGUCAGAGGAUGCUGAAGUCGCGGGAGAGGAAAGUGGUAAAGGCAGCAUCAGAUUCUUUACCGCCGGCGAGAAAGGUAUGGUGAAGGUGUGGAAUGGUAAAACCGGCAAAGAACUGGCGAGGUUCGGGGAGGACACUGCUCCAGUGGCUUCGUCCUCGGCUGGCAAUGCCGAAGAACAGGAGGAACAAAGACAGGUCGUGGAUGCUAUAUACAUCGCCGACGCGAACACUGUCAUUUCCAUACACGCCGACCAGAAUAUUCUGUACCACUCACUAUCAUCUUCGACGGUCUCCCGCCAGCUCGUCGGCUUCAACGACGAGAUCAUCGAUGCCGCAUUCCUUCAUUCGCCUUCAUCUGCGCCAUCGCCAUCGACCUCCCACGACACACACAUCGUUCUCGCGACUAACUCUUCCCUCAUCCGUCUUUACUCUUCCCACACUCUCGACGCACGCCUCCUCUCUGGCCACGCCGACAUCGUCCUUUGCCUGUCCACUUCUCCCGGCCGAGAAGUCUUCGCCAGCGGAGGCAAGGACCGUACCGCACGAAUAUGGGCUCCCCGUUCAUCUUCCUCAACGGCUCCUGACGGCUGGGGUUGGGAGUGUGUAGCUAUAUGCGAAGGCCAUGCUGAGUCCGUUGGUGCGCUGUCAUUCUCCCGACAAGGACCAGCCUCGGACGAAGAGGCCCCGAAACUGAAAUUCAUGUUCACGGCCUCCCAGGAUCGAACGAUCAAAAUGUGGGACCUUUCUUCCGUCGCCACCUCGGCCACUUCUACUCAAUCGCCCACAAAAUGCAAAAGCCUGUGUACCCAAAAGGCACACGAUAAGGACAUCAACGCUUUGGAUGUUUCGCCCAACGAUCUGCUCGUCGCUUCCGGCUCCCAGGAUCGUACAGCCAAAGUUUUCUCUAUCGUUUACUCGUCGUCGUCAUCGGCUGGUGCCCGAGGCGAGCUCAAGCUUCUUGGGACGUGCAAAGGGCACAAACGUGGCGUAUGGAGCGUUCGGUUUGCUAAGGGGGAGAGGGUAUUGGCCACGGGCAGUGGCGAUCGGACUAUCAGGCUAUGGGGUCUAGAGGACUUCAGUUGUUUGAGGGUUUUGGAAGGUCACAGCAACUCCGUGCUUCGUGUCGACUGGCUGUCGCCGCCUGCAGAAGGUCGUACUCAUGGACAGGGCCCAGAACAACUUGUGAGCAGCGCUUCCGACGGCUUGGUCAAGGUAUGGGAUACACGACAGGAAGAAUGUGUGGCGACGUUGGAUGGGCAUGAAGACAAGGUUUGGGCACUGGCUAUCAGCUCUGAUAAUCGCAGAAUCGUCUCGGGUGCUGCGGACUCUGUCGUCACAUUCUGGGAGGACUGCACCCAGGAAGUAGAGGAGGCACGAGAGAAGGAGCGAGAAGAGGGCGUUCUGAAGGAACAAGAACUGCAGAACUACGUUGCUGUGAACGAUUAUCAUCGGGCCAUCACCCUCGCUCUUUCGCUCGCGCAUCCCGGAAGGCUGUACAACCUCUUCAAGGUCCUUUCUUCCGAUGAAAAUAAUGAAGGCGAUGGGUCCAUUUUAGGCUCACAGGCUGUAGACGAGGUGAUCCGAACACUCCACUAUUCCGAGCUGGCCAAGCUCCUCAAAUACGUCCGGGACUGGAAUGCGAAAGCCAGUAGCUCGGCUGUUGCCCAAAGAGUCCUGCACGCCAUCGUGAAACUUCGUUCCCCGGAGGAAGUUAUCAAAGCAUUGGCACCAUCGACCUUUGAUAACGCAAUCGUCGACGUUGAUGACGCUGCUGUCGAUGGGUCAGCCGUGGCGAAAGGCGCGAAGAAGGUGCAGGGCGUCGAUGGGAAGGAAGUGGUGGAGGGUUUGAUCGCGUACACGGAGCGGCAUCUGAAGAGGAUGGAGCGGUUAGUGCAGGAGAGCUAUGUGUUGGAUUUCAUUGUUGGGGAGAUGGAUGAUGGGCUUUUGGACGAUGGCGUGGACGUCAUGGACGUCGAUUCAGAUUCAGACUCGUCAUAAAAGGUCGAUUUGAAUAAUUGGACGUUGUAGGCUUCGCACCGUGCGUGUAACAUGCUGUCAACUUCUGAUAUUCCCUUUCCGAUCCUAAUUCUGUUGUCUGUUCAGACUACGCACUCUAUUCUACCUGUUUGUUGUUGUCUUG